UCAAUGUAUUGCUUGACAAUCUUAUUUUAAUUUAUGUUAUUCUUGUGGUAUUGCUAUGUGUUUGUCUCAACUUGAAGUUCAUAAGUUCACUGUUACACUAAAAUAUAAAAUUUACUGUGAUAUAUAUUAGGAUAUAUAUAUGCAAUGGAUUUUCUUGGAAUAGAUUUUGGAAAGAGAAGACAUAACAAUGUUGAUUUUCUAGGUUGACAUGCUAGAUAGCUCUUCUAUAUGGCAUUAGGCAUUGGGCAAUGUGCAAUGGCCAAAGUUGAAGUGUUUUGUUUGACUAUUGCCUCAUUAGAGACCUUUCCUUUAUCAUAUGAUUGUGUAGGCAAUGACAGGGGCUGAUCUUAAGGAGUGGGGUUAUAAGCUAAUAGGAAAUAAAUAGGAUUUAUUGAAUAUAAUAUUUGUGUUUAGUGUCUUAUAUUGGCUAUGCUCUAAGAUAAUUUAUGGUAUGGAAUAUUGCUAGAUUUGAAAUAUGGCCAUUGAGAUCACAAAUGUUGAUGAUGCAUGUUUAUGGGGACCAACUGUAGAGAAGAUUUUCAUCGAUAUCAUGGUUGAUGAAGUGAAUAAAGGAAAUAUGGCAAGUGGUCAAUUUGGCUCAAAAACAUGGGCGAAAAUUCUUGAGGAGUUGCAAAUUAAAAGUAAGCGGAAAUACUUAAUUAAACAAAUUAAGCAAAAGUUCAAUAGGUUGCGCACUAAGUAUCGCGAGUUUGCUGAGUUGUUGAAACAAACUGGAUUUGGUUGGGAUCGUGAAACCAAUACUGUGGUUACUUCUGAGGAAAUAUGGCAGAAUUAUCUAAGGGCACACCCAAAGGCAACACAAUAUCGCAAGAAAGGAUGUGAUCAUUUUGUAUUGUUGGAACUAAUUUUUAGUAAGUCAACUGCCACUGGUCAGUUCCAUCGUUCUGCUGCUUCAGGUCUGCCCAACACUGAUGAUGAAAAGGAAAUGGAGAAUGAAUUUGAUCGCAUAGACGUCCAUGAUAUUGAUGAGAAUGAUUCUACUAGUUGCUCUCGGCUUGUUGAUGAUGUUUUUAAACGUUCAACAAAAAAUUCAACAACUACAAGUACAGAGCGAAGAGCUAAGAGACAAAAAUCACAACAAAUGAGUGAUGCAAUUGUUGCAUGGACUGAGGUAGCUAAAGUAAGAGCAGAGGCCACUUUAGCUAAAGCUGAAAAAUACAAGAGUACAACCGAAGGAGGAGGAAGCCAAAAUCAUGAGUUUUCUCUCACAAAUUGUAUGCAAAUCCUCGAAGGAAUGGAAGAAGUCAGUGAUGAUGCCUACAUGAAAGCUGUUGAGAAAUUUAAGGAUCCAUAUUGGAGAGAGAUUUUUAUUAAUAUGUCUACUAUUAGAAAGAGAGCUUGGUUAGAUAGGCUUUGACUAUACUGUGAUAUGUUUGACUGUGUAGGCUUUGAGUUUUACUUUAUGUGUGCUUGACAUUAUUAUAGUAUGUUAUGUUAAGAUAAUCUAGUGGAGACUUUGUUAUUGGUUUCAAAUACGUAUUGGUUUUUUCUAAGUUUAUUAUGCAUGUCAAAUAAUUUGCAGGAUUCAGAGUAAUCAAAUGGAUGAUUCUAGUUCAUCUUCUACAGAUAGUGAUUUUGAUGAUUUUUCAGAUUUUUUGAUGCUAAACUUUUUAAGUGAUUACAAUGAAAAGUUUAUCGAGAAAAUCCCUCAAAGAACAUCUUCUUUAUGUGGAGAAGAUUUUGUGAGAGAGUUAUUAGGUGGUCAUGAGAGAACAUGCUAUGAAUUAUUGCGAAUGGAUAAAAAUGUAUUCAUCGAGCUAUGUACCUAUUUAAAACAAAAGGAAUACAUUAAGGACACACGAGAGAUUAAAGUUGAAGAAGCAGUUGCUAUUUUCCUUAUAAUUGUUGGUCAAAAUGUGGGAAUGAGACUUAUAGCUGACCGAUUUCAACAUUCGCUUGAAACUAUUGAUAGGCACUUCCAUUUAACAUUAAAGGCAAUAUGUAAAUUAGGACAGGAUAUCAUUCGACUAACUCAAUCUCCGGUACCUUCUCAUAUUGUCAACUCCUCAAAAUACUACCCAUGGUUUCAGAAUUGCAUUGGUGCCAUUGAUGGAACACAUGUGAGUGCAUGUGUCCCUACAGAUAAGCAAGUCAGUUACAGAGGCCGAAAAAAUGUGGUAACACAAAAUGUCUUGUGUGCUUGUAACUUUGAAAUGUUCUUUACUUUUGUAUCUGCUGGUUGGGAGGGUACCGCAAAUGAUUCCAGAGUGUUUAUAGAUGCAAUUACGCAACCUAAAUAUAAGUUUCCAUUGCCUAAAGAAGGUGAAUACUAUGUUUUGGAUUCUGGAUUUCCAUGCACAAAAGGUUUUCUCCCACCAUAUCGUGGUGAAAGAUAUCAUUUGCAAGAAUACAAUAGUGGACGCAAUCGACCACGUGGUAUGAAAGAACUAUUCAAUUAUAGGCAUUCUUCUCUUAGGAAUGUCAUUGAACGGUGCUUUGGUGUACUAAAAGCACGUUUUCCUAUAUUGAAGAUGAUGCCACCUUACAAAUUGAGUAGACAACCUUUGAUAGUUAUUGCUUGCUGCACUCUUCAUAAUUUUAUUCGUCAACGCACACAGUAUGAUCAUAUGUUUAGAGAAUGGGAAGAGAAAGAACUUGAGGGUGAAGACAACUUAGAGGAAGCUAACACUAGUGUGUCAAGAUGUGAAGUCAAUUUAUCUGAUGAAUCUGCUGUAGCAAUGGCAAGAUGUCGAGAUCGUAUUGCUCAAGCUAUGUGGACAGCUUAUAAUAAUAUAAAUUAGUCAACUA